GCUCGUGCUUGGAGCAACAGAUGCCACGAUGUGGAAUAAAGCCCUUCAGAGCGGGGGAGGGUGGAGGAGUAGUGUGGCAAACUCCACUCACAGCGAGAGACGCUCACACUGCUUGUGUAUCCACUCAUGGAGAGACUUUCGGUCCUUAUCGUUUGCGACAACUAUCAGAUAAACCCGAGGCUCGCGACGUUAUGAAUUUCACCACGCGCAAAACAUGCCGUAAAACCUGCUUAGGGUUCAUCUGACAAAGUUGGCUGGCUGUCCUGGGACGAAACAGAUUAAAGGGGAUAGUACAUGGAUAUUUCUCAGUCGUUGGUCAAUCUCGGCUGAGAGCACAAAAUUGACCACUACUUAAGCUGUUAAUCGUGGAGAAACGAAAAGAAAAACGAGCAAGUGGGCAUGCCACCCAAGAAAAAGGGUUCGGCGGACCGUCAGGACUCAGGGGCCACUGAGGAGAAGGAGAAGAAUGCCCAAGUCCAGCUCGAGAAGGCCAAGUAUAAGCCUGUUGCUUUCGCCGUUCGCACAAACUUCACCUACACUCCUGCAGAUGAUGACAACGUCCCCAUACCAGGGCACGGGGUUUCCUUUGAAGCAAAAGACUUCCUACAUAUCAAAGAGAAGUUUAAUAAUGACUGGUGGAUUGGACGGCCUGUAAAGGAAGGGGGAGAGGUUGGUUUUAUCCCCAGCCCAGUGAACCUGGAGACGAUUCUGAUCAGGAGAGAGGUGCAGGCCAGGAAGGCCGCCAAAGCUCUGGCCAAUAAAGCGGCUAGUUCUGCCAAAGAUGAUUUGAACGCAAAGAAAGCGGCUCCACCUCCAACAGUUCAGCAAGUGAAGAAGAAAUCGGGAGAGCAACUGGCUGCAUAUGAUGUUGUGCCUUCCAUGCGUCCUGUGGUGCUCAUGGGGCCUUCGCUCAAGGGCUAUGAGGUUACGGACAUGAUGCAAAAAGCUCUCUUUGAUUUUUUAAAACACAGAUUUGAAGGAAGAAUAACUAUCACCCGGGUGACGGCAGAUAUUGCACUUGCCAAGCGGUCAAUCCUCAACAACCCCAGCAAACACGCCAUAAUGGAUCGCUCCAACACCCGCUCUAGUUUGGCCCAAAUCCAAGGAGAGGUUGAGAGGAUUUUUGAGUUAGCACGCAGCCUACAGCUUGUGGUUCUGGAUGCCGACACCAUUAACCACCCUCUCCAACUAAGCAAGACCUCCUUGGCCCCGAUCCUGGUGUAUGUCAAGAUUUCAUCACCUAAGGUUCUGACAAGAUUGAUAAAGACCAGGGGAAAAUCUCAGACUAAACAUUUGAAUGUCCAGAUGGUGGCCGCAGACAAACUGGCCCAGUGUCCUAAUGAGCUGUUCGAUGUCAUUUUGGAUGAAAACCAGCUGUCAGAUGCCUGUGAACACAUCGCUGAUUACCUGGAGGCCUACUGGAGAGCCACACACCCUCCUGAAAUGGAACCUCCCAACCCCAUGCUGGAGAAACUGGCAGAAAACACACUCCCUACCAGCCCCACACCUGCUAAGGACGAACAGAAAAGCAAGAAGACGGCUGCCACAAAAAGAAAAGGAUCUCAAGAGCACCAGCAGGAGCAUCUGCCCCAGGCUCAGGAGACGAGAGAGGAGGAGGAGGAGGAAGAAGAAGAGGAAGAGGAAGUGCAGGAGAAGGCAGAGGAGGAGGAGAGGCUUCUUCGUAGCGAGCCAAAGAGACACAGCCAUCACCAUCACCACCAUCAUCACCACCGCUCCAGCACCAGCCGACCGACCGAGCCCCACAACAAACACCAGCACCACGUGCGCCACCAGCAGCCCACUGACAUGGAGCAGCUUCCCACUAAAGACACUUCAUACACGGAGCCCCGGAGCAGGCGCGCUCUCCCGGACGAGGGCGAACCGGACCAAACCGAGGUCUACCACAACAGGACUACAACUCAAAGGGACCAUAACCACCACCAUCACAACCAUCACCAUAGACAUCACCACCACCGCCGCGGCGGGACCACGGACAUUCAGCCGGAUUAUUCCCACCACGGGCAGCAGGACUACGAGCUGGAGCACAACGAGCACAACAGGCAACAGAGACAGCCGAUACAGCUGCGCUCGCACCAACAAUCACACCACUACGCUCACCCACACCACAACCACUAUCACUACCAGGGACGGGAAAGGGACAGGGAGAGGGACAGAUGCGUGGAGACGGAGGAGUGGACUGAAGACAUGUACAUUCAUCGCUGAGAUGGACAUUGUUUUAAUGCUGCUAUGUGAAAUGCUGGCUACCGUGUACUCAGGAUAACAUGUUUUCUCUUUAUUUAUCCAUUCUGCUGAGUUAUUGCCUACUCUGGUCGACAUCUAACUUUCCUUGAUUUUGAGUCUGUAAUUCAUAUAAUUAGGUUUCCUUGGCUUUAUAUGCCUCUUGCUACAGUAUCAGGCCUGUGAUUACCGUAUUUUUAAAUGAUUUCAGCAUGUUUGGUCCUUCCAAUUCCAUAUGUGGUGAAAUCCUUGCUUGUUGUUAACAGUCAUAUACAAAUAUUUUUUUCAAAUAAUUUCAUGAAACGCACAUAUGCAAACUGGUCAUACCCAUGAAAAUAUUAAGAAAAUAAUUAACAAGAAAUAUUAGCAUUUACACACAAAUAAGCUGUAUGCAGGACUGGGCAAAAUUCACUCUGUGCUGUUAUUGGCUGCAUUAAAAUUAGGCAAACUAAAGAACCCUUUUGUGGUUGUCAUAGGCUUUUCACCUCAAGGACUGGAAGGUCCAUUUUUAUCAACAUUGAAACAAGGACAGUCUAGUCUAGUAAUUUUUAUUUAUUUUAUCCACCUUAUUUUUAACAUUUUUGACUUGAAUGUGCAAGGCUUCCAAUUUUUAGCUGUACGAAAACAAUGUGUUAUGGCGCUUGAUAUUACAAACUGGUAUUUGUUCUCAUAUUUUAAUUUAAUGUAAUAAUCACAGAGCAGAUAAUUUUACUGUUUACUGCACUUUUUUUAUUAGUCAAGUUAUUUACCUACCCAGACAGCAACAUAAUGUGGCCCAGAUCCGGCCCACAUCUGAUACAUGUGGAUUACACACGGACCAGAUGUGGGCCGGAUCUGGGACGACAUUAUGUUGUUGUCUGGGUAUAGGGGCUAUUGAAGCAGAAGUCUCGCACAUUCAGAGGAAAUUGCUUCCGUUUUGUAUAUUUUCAGUGUUAUAGUACUUUCACCUAUCCUUACUUAAAACAGAGACAAGACAUUUGUAGGUUAAUUUAACUGAAAAGUAUAAACGCUGUGGCACAACAAUUGACCAUUUCGACCAGCCUGACAGCAACCGGGGCUCAACCAAUGACAUGGGUUUGGGGGCAGGGCUAUAUAUUUUUCUGACUAAUGGCAGAUUGUGUGGGGAGAGGUAUUCAAGAAGCUUGUUUGAAGUCAUUAUUUUUGCAAUUCCAUUUGCUGACACUAAGGGGCUGUUUACACGGCACCAUUUUCAACUAAAGAUGGAAAACUUUAUGAGUUUUUGCUGUUAAUUUACACAAAGGCAUUUUGGAGCUUGAAAACGGGUUUUAAUGUUCAAGUUUUUAAAGACGAUGCCGUUAUCGUGAAUUUGUGAAAACGGUGACGUCAUGCACAUGCGUAUUACGUGUUCAGUCAAUAGGCACGUAGUGUUUCUUUACAAAGUGACAUCGCCAACUACUGGCCUGGCAGCAUAAUACAGCAUUUUUAGUCAUUUUCACGAAUCUGUGUGAACAGGACUGUUUUGACAACGUUGUCAUCUGUACGCGAAAAACACAAAAGGUAAAACUUUUCCGUUUUUAGUACAUCGUCGUGUAAACGUACCCUGAGAGCAAUUACGAACUAUUUCACGUUGGCUUUAAUGUAUACAUUGUUCAGUGUUUAGUUUGGCCAGGUUUUGUAGAUAGGUUUUGUCAUAACAAAAUUUAAUUCAGUAAAUUUUAUGUUAUUAAAGGAUUGUUUGUGUCAAUAUAAAGACAUAGUCAUGUUAAAUCAACUCUCAAGCCAUAUUACUGUAUGUGUUCUUUGCUCAUGCAAAAUUAUUGCAAAUGAACACUGUUGAUGUUUAUGAACAGUUUGUUUUUCCAUAUUUAUUAUAUACAAUGUGAUAAUUUUAGCCAACCAGCUGCAUGUAUUUAUAAUUUUCAAAAUGUUUAAGUAUAUACAGUAUGUAUAUCAAAUGGAUAUCAUUUUUUCCUUAACCGCAAGUUUCAUGUUCAUAAAGUAAAAAGGCACACUCAAAUGUCUUGAGCGAAAAAAGUACGAUGAUUGAGAAAAUACCUGUUGUGCAACAGCAUGGUAAAAGUUUUGUUUCCAGUUAUGAUAAAAAUGGAAAGAGAAAGAUGGCAACGAUAUAUAAGCACUCAAAUCUGUAUAUAUUCUUAAUGCACCUGGAGCCAUGACUUUUAUUUACAUUUUAUACCUUUAUGUUUCCUGAGUACUCUAUGCAUUAGUUUGUGACAACACUAUAGCUUGAAAAUUGUUUCUAUGCAUUUGUAUAUACCUCAUAAAUGCCUUUGUAGAUAUUGGACUGAUAAAACUGAGUACAGAUACUGCUGCACUGUAAUAUAGAUGUACAUCUGUAUUCAGUUGAUCUGACUGUAUAUUGUCUUUAUUGAAAUGUUCUCCUGAACCAAUAAUGCACACGUCAAAUUUA